AUGUUGCUGCUGUCACCUGCAGUCAACUACUGGACUACGCUACUCAAUUUCAUAAUACAAAAGUAUUUUAUUGACUCCCAUGCCACCUGUAUCCUGUGGCAUCGCGAUUUUCCAUUUGAAUUGAAAACACCAGCCGAUAGCGAAUUCAUACAAUACGUCAAUAUUUGGCCUGACAAUUUGUCACAAUCCUUGCAGCAGGACAUUUACAAUUUCACCGCUUUUGUCGAAAUCCAGCGCGGCUAUGGCAUGGAACUCGAUGCCUUGGUACAGAAAUUGACUAUAGCCAUCAGGGAAACGCAUUGUGAGUCUUUCGUCGCAUUUCAAGAGGACAUACCAGUCUUUACGCGUAGUUUCUACAACGCCAGCAGAAUAUCGGUAUGGCGUUCGUUACGCAAUAAAUUUCUAUUUGUCUACCGCAAGGACUUACUGCUGGACACUGAUACUUCGGUAUACUUCGACGACUUUCUUUUCAUAGAUCAACCAAAUAUUUUAAUAGUCGAAGCUGAGUGUGGCAAUUGCUCAAUGUUUGCAUUGAAAACUAAUAAAUUCGUUGGCCCUCUGGCUGAGCAUCCGGAACAGCUGUACAUAUUGGAUCGUUACAACGCUACAAACGGCACAUUUGAGUUUGGCGUUGAUUUGUAUAUGGACAAAAUAAAAGAUUUGCAGGGACGUGAGGUGACAGCUGGUGUUUUCGAUUAUCGUCCCUUUUCCGUGGUAGAUUUU